AGAGAUGAAGAAUUAAUAAUAAUAAAAAAAAAAAGAAGAAGGUCGCGAGAUCCCAAUUCCCCAAGCUUUGCAAUUUCCAAACUUUCGCUCAGUUUCAGGGAACCCGGAGAAUCUCUUCCGUGACCGGAAUUUUCUGAUCGAUUUUCUCCUUCCGAUUCCGCAAUUCCGGCGACUUUCCGGCGGCUUUCCGGCGGAGUGGUGUUCUUUGAUCUACGGGAAGAUUGAUUCUUCUGUUUGGAUGAUUUCUCUGUGAAACAACACGAGGUCUCUUCUUCGGCGGAAUUUUUUCUUAUAUUUUUUUCCUUUGGAGUCCUCGACAAUGGAAUCGGUAUCGUCACGCGGCGGAGACGCCGGCGUAAGGAAUCUUGAACCGUCGAUUGCGGCAUGGCAUUUCCAGAUUGCUGUCUAUUUCGCCUUCGGAUUCUUCUUUUUGAGGCUCUUCCUCGAUAGAUUCGUCUUUCAAAGGAUAGCUGUCUGGCUUUUGAGUACUGGUUCUUCCCCAAUCAAAAUGAAUGAUGCUACUCGGGGAAAAAUCGUCAAAUGCAAAGAGUCCUUGUGGAAGUUGCUGUACUAUGCUGGUUGUGACAUAUUCGUUCUCAAAGUCGUUUUUCACGAGCCAUGGGCCAGAGAUAUAAAACUCUACUUUGAUGGUUGGCCAAAUCAAGAGUUGAAGCUUCCAAUAAAGCUUUAUUAUAUGUGCCAGUGCGGGUUCUAUGUGUAUGGUGUUGCUGCGUUGCUUGCAUGGGAAACCAGAAGAAAGGAUUUUGCUGUUAUGAUGUCUCACCAUGUGAUUACGAUCAUCCUGAUAGGCUACUCGUACGUAACGAGUUUUUUCCGUAUUGGAGCAAUCAUCCUAGCCCUUCAUGAUGCAAGUGACGUGUUUAUGGAAACUGCUAAAAUUUUCAAGUAUUCUGAAAAAGAAUUUGGAGCAAGUGUGUGUUUUGCACUUUUUGCUCUCUCUUGGCUAUUGCUACGGUUGAUUUACUUCCCAUUUUGGAUCAUCAGGGCCACGAGCAUUGAACUCCUGGAUUAUUUGGAUAUGACGUCAGCUGAAGGCACGAUCAUGUACUAUUCCUUCAACACAAUGUUACUGAUGCUUCUUGUUUUCCACAUAUAUUGGUGGUAUCUCAUUUGCGCCAUGAUCGUAAGACUACUUAAAAACAGAGGAAAAGUGGGAGAGGACAUAAGAUCCGAUUCAGAGGAUGAAGAUUAGGCUUGCAAGCAUGACAGAUACGGGAACAUGUUUCCACUUCUCCAACCAAACCCUUUAGCUGGCUGAAGAAUUUGUUCUCAGCUUCAUUACCUUACUGAUUAGAGUUGGAGGUUAAAAAAAAAGGAAGAAAGGUUAUACUUUUCAUUUUUUUUUUUCAGUUUUGUAUUGGUCGAGUCCAUUUCGACAUUAGACUGCAUAUUCUAUUUGACAAAUACAAGAAAGAAAACAGACACUCGGGUUUCAUGUGUUGUUAUGUGCUGUAUAAAACAAUGUGGAAUUCUCUCUGUAAAUGCAAUUCAUCUUUGUAUUGGUUUUCUAUGAUA